AACAGAAGAAAGUAUAUAUUAAGAAUGAACAUCUUUUGAAACAUGUUAGACACCAAUUAACUCGUUUAGAGAAGAAAAUUGCUGUUGCAGAACAAAGACUUCCAUUCCUUGCAGAUAAUGAAAAAGUAAUUGCUAGAGGUGUUGUUGCUGCACUUGAAAAGAUUAAGAGAAAUGUCCAAAAGAAAAUCAACGUCUUAGAAAAUCAAAGAACAAUUAUUAUGAAGAAGUAUUUGGCAUUGAACAAAGAAUAUCUCAUUCAAUUGAAAAAGAGAAUGGAAUCAGACAAGAAGAGAAAAGCUGAAUUAAUUGCUAAAAGACCAGAAACAUUACGAGCUGCUUUAUAUGAAUUAAUUCCACAUAAACAACAAAGAGCUGAAAGAAAAUUAAAUAGAUUAGAUAAAGAAGUAGAAAGUUUAGAAAAAAGAAGUCUUGAAGAUGCACAUAGAAUGAAAGAAGCUAUUAGAACACGUAAAUUCUUACAAGAUGCAGUCAAACCAAAAGUUGUUUGUACUGGAGGAAUUAUUAAUUGCAGAUAUUGCCAUAGUCUUGGAAGAAUAAUCAAAGUUUCAUUAAGAAAUAGGGAAGAAGAUCGUAUAAUUUUAGAAAGACUUCAUCAUAGAUGCAAUAAAGAAUUACCAGAAAACCAAGCUAGAUGUAUUGAUGUUGCUAUGAGAUUAACUGAAGUUGCUGUUAAAGUGUUUGACCCAGUUAAAUUUAAAGUUGCAUCUGCUUGCAAGAAGAUUGGAGUUUGUGGCAUUUAAAACAAUUUAAUUCAAAACGGUUUAUU